AUGGCUAUCACAAGGAGGAGAAAUGCCGGCAAGCGUCAAGAGCCGCAGAAGAAGGGCAAAAUCGAAAAGGCCCAUUUUGAUUCCGGCAAAAAGAAAGAAGUUGGGUUAGCUGAUUUAACACUAUUGAAGAAUAUCAGUGAUAAUGAUAUCAAUCAGAACUUGAUGCAACGUUUUAAGGCAGGGAUCAUCUAUACUUUUAUUGGUCCGGUGUUGAUCUCCAUCAACCCUUUCAAAGACUUGGGAAUUUACACCGAUAAAGUCAUCGAAUCGUACGUUGGUAAAAAUAGAUUGGAAGUGGCGCCCCAUGUUUUCGCCAUCGCCGAAUCGAUGUAUUAUAAUUUAAAAUCUUAUCAUGAAAGUCAGUGUGUCAUCAUUUCUGGUGAAUCCGGUGCUGGUAAAACCGAAGCCGCUAAACGUAUCAUGCAGUACAUUUCCUCGGUUUCUGGAGGAUCCCAUUCCGAAUCGGUUCAACAAAUCAAGAAUAUGGUGUUGGCCACCAACCCUAUUAUGGAAUCAUUUGGUAAUGCCAAGACUUUGAGAAACGAUAACUCCUCAAGAUUUGGUAAAUAUCUUGAAAUCAACUUCAAUGAGAAAUCGGAACCAGUCUCCGGUAACAUCACCAAUUAUUUAUUAGAAAAAAAUAGAGUUGUUCAACAGAUUGAUAAUGAGAGAAAUUUCCAUAUCUUUUAUCAAUUAACGAAAAACGCUCCAGAGAACUACAGAAGCCUGUAUGGUAUUCAAGGACCCGAAUCCUAUAGAUAUACCAAGACUUGUACAUCGGUUACAUCUAUCGAUGAUGCUCGUGAAUGGAAUGAUACAUUGCAAGCCAUGACCACAAUUGGUUUAUCCCAAGCCGAACAGGAUGAAGUUUUCAGAGUUUUGGCGGGUGUUUUGUGGAUUGGUAAUAUUACUUUCAAAUUCAACGAAGAAGAGAAUGCUGCCGUUGCUGAUACUUCAGUUACUGACUUUGUGGCAUACCUUUUGGGGGUUGGUAGCGACAGCUUGACAAAGGCCAUCAUUGAGAGAACAAUGGAAACACCCGGCAGAGGAGGUGAAACCUUCCACAUUCCUUUAAAUAUUGUGCAAGCGACUGCGGUUAGAGACGCUUUAGCUAAAGGUAUUUAUAGUAACUUAUUUGACUGGUUGGUGGACAGAAUUAACAAGUCUUUGAAUAAUUUAAACCAACCAAAAGCCAACUCUAUUGGGAUUUUGGAUAUUUACGGUUUUGAAAUCUUUGAACAUAAUUCUUUUGAACAAUUGUGUAUCAAUUAUGUGAAUGAGAAACUUCAACAAAUUUUUAUUGAGUUGACUUUAAAAGCUGAACAAGAAGAAUAUGUCCGUGAACAAAUUGAAUGGAAACCAAUUGAUUAUUUCAAUAACAAGGUUGUUUGUGAUUUGAUUGAAAACACUAGACCAGUGGGGAUUUUUGCCGCCUUGAAUGAUGCUUGUGCCACUGCCCAUGCGGAUUCUGCGGCCGCCGAUUCUUCUUUUAGUCAAAGAUUGAAUAUGGUGACUAGUAACAAGCAUUUUGAAUUGAGAUCUGCUAAAUUCAUUAUUAAGCAUUAUGCUGGUGAUGUGGACUACGAACUUGCCAACAUGACCGACAAGAACAAAGAUCAAAUGUUGAAGGAUUUGAGAGAAAUGGUGGAAACAUCCCAAAAUGGUUUCUUAUCGCAAACUUUGUUCGGCCCAGCUUAUCAACCAGAGGUCAAUAAGAGAGGUAAGCCAACCACCGCCAGUGACAAGAUCAAAAAAUCUGCCAAUUUGUUAGUGGAAACCCUUUCUCAAGCCACUCCAUCUUAUAUCAGAACCAUUAAACCAAAUCAAAGAAAAGGUCCUUUAGAAUAUGAUGAGAAACAAGUGUUGCAUCAAGUCAAGUAUUUGGGGUUGAAGGAAAACGUUCGUAUUAGAAGAGCAGGUUUUGCUUAUAGAACAACUUUUGAAAAAUUCGCCGAAAGAUUUUACUUAUUAUCACCUAAAUGUUCCUAUGCUGGUGACUAUAUUUGGGAAGGUGAAGCACAAGGUGCGUGUGUUCAAAUCUUAAAAGACUCCGCCAUUCCAACCAGUGAAUAUCAAUUAGGUGUCACUAAAAUUUUCAUCAAGAGUCCAGAGACUUUGUUUGCUCUUGAAACAAUGAAGGAUAAGUAUUGGCACAAUAUGGCUGCAAGAAUCCAAAGAGCUUGGAGAAAAUAUUGGAAAAGAAAAGUGGCGGCCGCCGUGGUUUUUCAAAGAUUAUGGAGAGAACGUAAAGAUGGUAACAAGUUUGCCCAAGUUCGUGACUAUGGUACCAAGUUAUUGGGCUCAAGAAAGGAAAGAAGAUCAAUGUCAAUGUUGGGAUCUAGAGAGUUUUUGGGUGAUUACUUGGCUUGUAAUGAUUAUAGUGGGAUCGGAAGAAUUAUUGUAAAGAAAACUGGCAUUAAUGACAAGGUUGUUUUUUCAAUUAGAGGGGAGUUGUUGCAAUCCAAAUUUGGUAGAUCUUCUCUUAGGUUGCCAAAGAUUUUCAUUUUAACAAACAGUAACUUUUAUAUAAUUAGUGAAUCUGUGGUGGAAAACCAGGUCAGCUACGUUGUGGAAGCUAAUAUUAGUGUUUCUGGAAUUAAAGCUGUCAGUUUGACUAAUUUGCAAGAUGACUGGAUUGCUAUCAACAUGGCUCAAUCCACUAGUCCAGAUUACUUCCUUAAUUGUGUUUUCAAGACAGAAUUGCUUACACACUUGAAGAAGGUCAAUAACUCUCUCCAGAUUACUAUUGGCCCGGUUAUUGAAUAUAGGAAGAAAGCAGGAAACAAAUUCCAUAAGAUCAAGUCGCAAAUCAGUCCAGCUGCCCCAGCAAACUAUGACAACUAUAAAUCUUCUACUAUCAUAGUUCGUCAAGGUUUGCCACCAAACUCUGUUUCCAAAAAGAAACCAAAGGGAAAACCAAGUGAUAUUAAAUAUCCUUACAAAACCAGAGCGACCGGUGUUAGUGAUACUGUGAGACAAGCCGUCAGUUAUAAUCCUGCGCCAACCAAAACAUUUUCUUCACAGGUGAGCAAUGGUUACAAUUAUGGUAAUAAUGCUGCUGUUGCUGCGGUUCACAAGGUUCCUCCUCCUCCUCCAAUGAUGCAACAACAACAACAACAACAGCAGCAGCAGCAGCCUGUGAUGGCUCCUCAACAGCAGCCACGCCCACAAGCUCACAAGGUUCCUCCUGCUCCUCCACUGCAAUUCUCCAAGUCAUCGGGAAGAACUCCGCCUCCAAAGCCAAUCAGAGCUUCGAAACCGGCUCCUACCCCACCAUCUAGAAAAUCUAAGAGACCGGCUCCUACUCCGCCAUCAAGAAGAUCAGUUGUUUCUCUGCCUCAACCAGUGGUGACUCCUCAGCGACCAGUUUCCCACCAUCAACCUCGACCAGUGGCUCAACAACCUAUGGUUCAACAACCUAUGGUUCAACAGCCAGUGGUUCAACAGCCAGUGGUUCAACAGCCAGUGGUUCAACAGCCAGUGGUUCAACAGCCAGUGGCUCAACAACCCGUUCAAGCACCGGCCCCUCCUGUUUCCCAAAUUCCUGCGGUACCGGAUUAUCCUACAUAUAAAGCAGCUUAUACUUUUCAAGGUACUGGAGCAGCCACAGAAUUACCUAUUAAUGUAGGAGAUGUUGUUUAUAUCACCAAGAAAGAAACCAAUGGCUGGUGGUUGGCCAAAACUUUGGAUCUCGUCAAAGAAGGAUGGGUGCCUGCCGCUUAUGUUGCGGAAUGUGAAAAUCCUAACAAGUCUGUAGCUGUCGCUGCCGCUGUUCCAGCUGCUGUCAGCCAACCAGUAUCCAAUGGUUAUGCUGAUCAAGUAACAAACCCCAUGGCUGCUACUGCUGGAUAUAGUUCUGGUGCCUCGGUUGCGCAAUCUUCUGCUGCUGCCACUCCUGGUCCUCAGUCCGUUGGGUUUGGAGAAGAUUUGGCUUCGGCAAUCGCUAAAAAGAUGGGUAAAUAUGACAGCGAUAGCGAUGAAGAGAAAGACGAUGAUGAUUGGUGA